GCGGCAUGAUAACGGUAUCGACCAACCAACUCGAUGCCAAUGGCAUAUCUUCCCUUACGACUUAAAGUGACCUAUACCUGCACCUGUGAUUUACAAUAUCUUGCCCUGAUGGAGUAGCUGGUCCUCGAUAUCCUGGGCACCCUACCCUACCCAACACCGUACCCGAUACACCCCAAUUGCCUGAGCAACACCCAAUUUCCGGCCUCCACAUCUCCCUAAUGAACCCGUCAAGUUCGCCAGUCAUAAGUCGCGAUGGAUUACAGGAGUGAUACAUCCUCCCCAGAUCCGCUGGGCUAUCCCGGCGACCCAGAAUAUAUCCUAUCCUCGGCAACAAAGCCCUUUCUGCGACGCCAAAGCACCUUUUCACCCCGCAAGUCCCUGUCACCUACCAGACGCCUAUCACCCAGCAAAGCAGACGGGAGGAGCGCGCAGUCCAUUAGGUUCCAAGAUAUCAUCCUUCCGUCCACUCCGUCUGGACGUUUUAGUGGCAAACAUCGGCUGUCCCCAACGAAAACGACGACCCUAAAUUCGGAGAAUAAUACCAGCCCCUGGAGGAUCCGAGUUACGGUCGAGGCAGAGCAGGAUGAGGCGGAUGAAAAUUUUCCAGGUAGUGUGCGAUCGGGUAUGAAAUCGCGAAGAGGAAGGACAACCAAAGUGCCCUUGAAGGAUGAAAAUGACUCACUGGAGCCAAGCCCUAAAAAGCGGCGAACAGGGAAAUCGGACUUGUCGCAACGUGUUCCAACACCCCGAAAAAUAAGGAGCAGGAUUGAAACACCGACGGGAAAUACGGGAACUGCUGAAAAGAGAAAACGAGGAAGGCCCAGGAAAAGUCAGCCUUCUGUAGAAGGAAGCAAUGUGGUGAACAAAGUCACUUUUGCCGAGUCAGUGCGAAAGAAGAUGCGAGAAGAGGAUCCUUUUCUCGACAUUGCUACGGAAGAUUCAGGAACCAAUAAUACUGCUGUAGAUAACAUACUCGCCGAUACUGCUGACCCGAACCCUUUGCCCGACUUUAUCCUUUCAACCAGUGAUCAUAGAUCGUCUCCAACGCCCACGGAGAGAACUAUGUCACAACAACCUGAUUCUCGAUCCAGAGUGGAGGGCUCAGCUCCUGAUAAUCCUGCGAGCUUUAUGUCCUCCCCAUACUCCCCCGGAAAACCUACCGGCCUCACACCUGAAAACACAAUCGAUGCUGGGCAUACUCCUGGUCCCCAGGUGAGAGGAUAUCCUACACCUACUUCAUCUUCUCUAUUAGAAGAAGGGAUUGCCGAAAUCCAAACGGGUGACUCUUCAGGUGCAAAAAACCAACAAAGCGGAUCAGUUCUAGACCCAACAACCCAGCAUCGAGAAUUCGACUCGAUUCUAGAAAGCGAAGGAUUUAGCAUGGUGUCACUUGGCACCUUGCCAUCAGCGAGGCAGCAGUUAAAUCAUUCAUUUCAAGACGCUGUGAAUCAGGGCAUGAUUAACAGCAUGAAGAAGUCGCCGAAGAAGGAAGUGCUAGGCAAGUCGAAAUCUGAAUCUCGACAUGGCGGGUUAUCUGUUUCUAGCAUUCCCAAGAAGGAUGAUGCGUAUAUGCCCUCUUCAGAGCCUCAACAAACAUCACAGUUAUCACAACAGGUGAGAAGAAGUCCGCGACGAAACAAUAAAACUCCAGGAACUAUAUUUCCAUCCUCACAGCAGCCGCGUGCACCCGCGAUUCAGCCCUCGCGGCCUCCGAAAAAGACACGACUCGUCAAGUUAGUCCGAGUAAUAAGAGCAGGUAUUGCACUUCAGGGUGUACUUAAUCGACGUAGGAGGAAUUCGAGGCUCCAAAGUCCCUUCUCAAGCCCGGGUCAGACUCGCGGAGAUGAUCGCGAGGCUGUAAGGCAACGUCUCGAUGCACUCUUUAGAGGUUUUGGAAGCGAGACAGAACGAGAACUACGUGCAGGACUUCGCUUUGGGGAACAGCUUGCGAACCGCCUUCAGGAGUCUGAGAGUAGAAAAAAGCGGGAAGAACCAGGACCAGCAGUUGACUCACCAAUGACACCAGAUGGCUUCGCAGCUAAUGAGCGCAACGACGCGGGGUACGCGGGUAUUGGCAAUGCGGAGAGUAGAAGUGCAUCUUCACAUUCAGUGAAAAAACACUCAAAUAGGGAACUGGACGGGAAGUCACAACUUAUGAGUAGUCUCGGUAACAAAAAUCAGUCACCCCAGCUACGGCUUGGCUCGGAAAUGGCACGACGUGAAGCACAGUGGCAGCGUGAAAGAGAGAUCAUUAGCCGCCAAAUACAGCAGGCAAAUUCGAGCCAGGUUAUUGUUAUUGAUAGCGACGAAGGUAGUCCGGAAAGACGUCCUCUAGGAAAUGAAGAGCCUGAGGAACACCAUGAAGACAACCCUAUGGAAGAGGAAGAUUACGAGGACAUAUGGCAGCAAGAAGCCCGCGAGGUUGAAAGCCAGUCGGAGUCAGCGUCAUUCGUCGAACUUAGUCGAGAGGAAAUUAUUAAACCGCCACGGAGGGUUCUUCCAAGUCCGUGGAAACGCAACGUGGACGUUGCUGACCACAGCCAAGACGAAGAAGCGACUCCCGGUCCGGGCCCGUAUUGGGCAAACCGCACCAAUUUAUAUCCUCUUUUACCCAGAGGGAAAACCGAAACUGCAAAAUUCAGAGAACAGAACGUUGAGAGUUCGUCACUACUGGGUUCUCCGGAAAGCGCCACGAGGAGAUUUUAUCAGCAAAAUAAUGUUUCUCCUGAAAACGCGAGCAGCCAGCCUGAAUAUCCUGAGGAUCAACGGCCAAUGAGAAGUACCACCAUUCCUACCUUCGCGGCUUCCUAUGGCAGAAACGAAUCACCAUACUCUGAUGACCAGGUGUCUGAUGCUGAUGCUAUCCAUCCCCAAUGGGCUCCGUCCCCUGAAAGCGGUAAAAAUGAAACGAGACAGACGAGUCCGGAUAACGGCGACGUUUAUUCUCAGCCAUCAGUGGAGGAUGACCAUCUAUAUCCAGAAUUGCCGUCCAACUCUGUUCAUUCUUCGAGAAACCGCCCAGGUGCUGAGGAGGAAAUUUACUCUGAAACAGAAUCGCCAAACUUAACUCCUCUGGCGCUCCAAUAUUAUCAACAUGAUAAGGAACCUUCUACCAUUCAGUCGCAAUCUCCUACUGAACCUCAGCAGGAGCCUCGUCCGUCAUCUUGGUUCCACAAGUUGACUGACCUUGCUCCGUCGUGGCUCACUACUCCAGCUUCUCGGAAAGUUGAAAGAAAGCAACCAGAAUCAAUCAGCAACCCUGCAUCUCCAUCAUCUCCAAACCGUGAGCCGUCAGUUGAGAGCUCUUCAAUUCAAAUGUCUUCUCCUACUCAAAGAUAUUCGGUUUCGGGAUCACCAGCGCAGCCGCUUCCAAUUGAGAGCUCUCCUAUUCAGCAAUCGCCAGUAGGUGAACCACUUGCUCAAGAUUCUCCUUUGCAAGAACCACCAGCACGUGAAUCUCUAGCUGAGGAGCCUCUAGUCCAUCAGCGCCCUCAUCAACCCAUCAAGAGGACGAUGGUCGACACCGGAACCCAGUUCUCCUCGCCACCAAUAACGAAGCCUAAACGGCAAAUUAGAAGGCAACCCCCUUCGCAACGCAAAGCAUUAGCAAUCUCGGGUUAUUUUACGGAUGACCAUUAUGCCGCAUUGCGCCACUUAUACCACAAGGCAAAGCGCUCUCCAGGUUCCUUCCGCUAUAUCGAAACUCCAGAUCGAAAUGGAAUGCUAGGUCAACGCAUAUAUUCUGCUGAUGGCGUAUACAGCCGUCGCAUUACCGAGAUGCAGAUUGCCAUUGUGGAUAAAUUUCGACGGGCCUUGUCUGUGGACAGUAGGAGGCGUGGUGGGACGGGAAAAGUGGAAUGGAGUGAAACAGAGCUUUUGAGGAGACUGUUCAGCAUAAUCGUAGGUGAGCAGGUGAGGCGGGAGCGGAAAAUGGAUCUUGACCAUCAACUUGAGCUAGCAGGCCGACAUGGAUAAAUUAGUAAAUAGUGAAGUCCGCGCGAAGGAGUUGUCUGUCAUAGCUGAUGCUUUUUGGGAUAUUCCGUUGUCUCUUGUGUUGGACUACAUUUCCACCACCCGCUUCCUCCGCCGUUGGUUUAUGCCAAUCGCGCAGCAUUAUUUCAUGCCUGAUCAGCGACCUAUUUUUGGCUUUAUCUUUCGAUUAUCGGAUUUUAAGCUUUUGGUGUUACCGGCGUUUCCAUGUUUUUUGACAACCCUAUGAGCAUUUUUUUGGUUGAUGGGUUUACUACUUGGAUUUUUUUUUUUUUUUGAUGGAGAAUUAGCGGUGCAACUAUUUUAUUUUCCAUCCAACCUUUUCAGUAUCUUCAUUUCUUCUUGCUCUCCAUGGAGCUCAUAAGCACUUGGAUGUGUGUGUACUUGUUGGAGUAUCUGAGACCCGAUGGGGUCACUAUCGAAGAUAUCUAUCUGAUCAUGAUCAUAUCUUUGCUUGUCUGCUAGAUGUGUAAGCAAAAUUUAUAUUGUACAGUACUUGUGUACAAUACAUCUAUACUUUCUUUGUCCUAAUUGUUGUUUUCCUAUACUCAUCAACCACACUGUCUGUUCUCUUGAUGUAACAGUAUUAAAAUUUCAUUAAGAUCAGAGUGAAUACAUGAGUCAGAGGAUGACCUAAGAAGAAGCUGUGUUAAUUGCAAUGAACAUGAUUGCUUCUAAGUGAGAAUCUCAGAGUGGCCACAUCUUAUAACUUCCAUGCAGAGAAAGAUAUCUUCUCUUCCUUUUCUACUUGUUCUCUUCUUCAUAACAGCUUGGUAUUUUAUUUUCUUUUGCUCAUUCAGAUUGGAAAGUGAACAUAUUUCAG